UUUUUUGUAUUUCUUCUAAUAAAUGUGGACCUCCAAUUUUAGUUUUGUUUAUGGCCACUUGUAUCCGAGGACCGCAAUUCUGUCAUCGAGUCAAAUACCAAAACUAGAAACUCAUAUAUUAAUAUGUUAGGAUCUCAAAAGAAGCAGUCAUCCAUGGCGGCCUUACUGAUCAGAUCCAUCGCGAGAACCAUUAAACGGCCACCAGCCACAGCAUCAGCCGCUUACUCCACAGGUGGUGGUAGAGGUUGUACUUGUACGAGCAAGAAGCUAGAAGGCAAAGUAGCUCUCAUAACCGGCGGUGCAAGCGGGCUUGGAAAAGCCACGGCGGGCGAGUUUAUCCGACACGGUGCUCGAGUCGUGAUCGUCGAUUCAGAUGAGGAGAGCGGUUUUAAAGCCGCUAAGGAGCUAGGGGUGGCGGCUGAGUUUAUGGUCUGCGACGUCACGGUGGAGGCGGAUAUAGCCAGAGCCGUUGAAACGACGGUGGAGCGGCAUGGAAAGCUUGACGUGAUGUAUAACAAUGCCGGGAUUGUCGGGCCUAUGAUUCCGGCGAGCAUAUCGGAGCUUGAUAUGAAGGAGUUCGAGAAUGUGAUGAGGAUUAACGUUAUUGGCGUUGUCUCCGGCAUUAAACACGCCGCCAAAGUUAUGAUUCCCGCUGGAUCGGGAUGUAUUUUAUGCACUUCAAGCGUAGCAGGUAUUGAUAUUAAUUAAAGCUUUGGAUUAUUUCGAGCGUAGCAUUUAUUCACUAUAGGUAGAACCCACUCCAAAUUCACAAUCCCCGGGAUGGUGAAAUCGGCGGCGAGCGAGCUCUGCGAACACGGCGUGCGUAUCAACUGUAUCUCACCGGGUACGGUGGCGACGCCGCUCGUUCUCCGUUACCUCCGGAAAGUGUUCCCCACGGCGACGGAGGAAAAGCUCCGGGAAACAGUAAAAGGGAUGAGUGAGUUAAAAGGAGCAGAGUGCGAAGAAGCUGACGUGGCUAAAGCUGCUCUGUAUUUGGCAUCCGACGACGGUAAAUAUGUUACAGGGCAUAACUUAGUCGUUGAUGGCGGCAUGACUGCUUUCAAAAUCGCUGGUUUUCCUUUUCCUUUUCCUUCUGAUUCAUGA